GGAGCACUAAGAUUAGCCCCGAGUGUGAUAAUGUUUGUAGAAAAGUAUGCAAUUCAUCAUUAUUAUCGCCACGAUGUGUUUGCCUGAAAUUGUCAGUUUACUCAUUGUAUUGUAGUCGCAUCCUACUAGGCAAGGAAGCCCCGUCCGGUUGUGGACAGAUGUAUCCAAGGUAGUUGGGGGUCUAUCAUCUUCAGUACAAUAAAAUACGGACCCAGAGAACGACUCUGUUCUGCUUUUUACAUGGUGUCAGAAGUGGGAUACUGACUCGACGGAUUGACCCUCAACUGCUGGCCUGACAGGACACAGGACUGCAGGAUAUCGCUGCUACCGGAACCAGAAAGAUGAAGAUCGACGGGCAUCAGCAGUAGAAGAUUAAGAUUUAGAUAAUGCUUUAAUUUUGUUAAAUGUUGUUUGGGUAUUUUCCUGUUUCUUUCCCUUAAAGAUUCCUUCAAGUUAGAUCUUAGGGUCUUGAGUUAAGGAUGCCUGGAGAUAGACCACAGGGUGAAGGGGAGGGGGAAGGAACAGGAGAACAGGAAGUUAAUGAGGGAGUUGACAAGGUGGAGGAACUCUCUUCGGAGUUGGAAAGGCUCCGAAUGAGAAUUAAGGAGCAGGAGGUCUGGAUUAGGAACCAGCAAGAGGAGUCGAAAAAGCCAGUCAUGAUGGUCACAGGGAGGAAGCUGGACCGCUUCAGGGGAAGGCCGGAGAGGGCGGGUGACCCCACCCUGGCUGAGUGGAUUUCAGACAUCAGGAGCCACGCUGAAUCCAGGCGCCUGAAUCCUUCAGAUACCGCUGCUGUGAUCAUAGACAACCUGGCAGGAAGGGCCCGACAAGAAAUUCAAGGGCGUGGAGACCUUCUGAAAGGCCAGCCGGAAGAGAUCUUUAAGGUCCUGAUAAGAGUCUUUGGGGAUGGAGACCAGCUACCCCUCCUCCAGGAAAGAUUUUACUCCCUGAGACAAGGAC